AUGUCUGAAAUUAAAAAAGAUAUCAUUGACGUUCCAGUUGAUGAAAAGGUCAAUCCUAUUGAAGCUAAUGAUUCCGCUGAUGGUUCAUUCAAACCUUUAGAUAGUGAUAAAAAAGAAGAAACUGUAAGUUUAACUGAAGAUGGUGAUGAAGCUACCAUGGAAGAUUUAAAAACCUUAAGACAUGUCUCAGGUAAGAUUCCUUUAAGAGUUUGGUUAGUCGCUAUUGUUGAAUUAGCUGAAAGAUUCUCUUAUUAUGGUUUAUCAACUCCUUUCCAAAAUUAUAUGCAAAACGGUCCUGAAGAUACUCCAAAAGGUUUAUUAAAAUUAGGUUCUCAAGCUGCUACUGCUUUAUCAUAUUUCUUCCAAUUCUGGUGUUAUGUUACUCCAAUUCUUGGUGCUUAUAUCUCAGAUUCUUAUUUGGGUAAAUAUAAAACCAUUUGUAUGGCUUGUGGUAUUUAUAUUGCUGGUAUUUUCAUUUUAUUCAUGGGUUCUAUUCCUUCAAUUACUACCAGAAAUGCUGCUAUUGGUACUUAUGUUGCUGCCAUUAUUAUUAUUGGUAUUGCUACUGGUUUCAUUAAAUCAAAUGUUUCCCCAUUAAUUGCUGAUCAAAUUCCAAAAGAAAAACCAACUAUCAGAGUUUUAAAAUCUGGUGAAAGAGUUGUUGUUGAUCCAGCUAUUACUAUUCAAAAUGUUUUUAUGAUCUUUUAUGCUAUGAUUAAUAUUGGUUCUUUCUCCAUUGCUGCUACUACUCAAUUAGAACACAGAGUUGGUUUCUGGGCUGCUUUCCUUUUACCUUUCUGUUUCUUCUUUGUUGGUGUUUUUGCCUUAGUUAUUGGUAAAAAUCAAUAUGUUAAACUUCCAGUUAGUGAUAAAAUCGUUGCUAAAUGUUUCAAAGUCGCUUAUAUUGGUAUUAAAAACAGAUUUAACUUAGAUUCUGCUAAACCAUCAAACAAUCCAGAAAAGAACUAUAACUGGACUGAUCAUUUUGUUGAAGAAGUUAAAAGAGCUACCAAAGCUUGUAAAGUCUUUGUUUUUUUUAUCGUUUUCUGGACUGUUUAUGGUCAAAUGACUAACAAUUUCGUUUCUAUGGCUGGUCAAAUGGAAACUCAUGCCAUGCCAAAUGAUAUGUUACAAGUUUUCAACUCAUUAGCUAUUGUUAUUGCUGUUCCAUUAUGUGAUAGAUUAAUUUAUCCAUUCAUUAGAAGAUUCACUCCUUUAAAAUCCAUGACCAGAAUUUUCAUUGGUUUCAUGUUUUCAGCUUCCGCCAUGGUUUAUGCUGCUGUAUUACAACAUUAUAUUUAUAAAGCCGGUCCUUGUUAUGAUGCUCCAAUGGCCUGUGCUCCUGAAUAUUCAAACACUCCAAACCGUGUUCAUGUAGCUAUUCAAGCUCCAGCUUAUGUUUUAAUUGGUUUAUCAGAAAUUUUUGCCAACAUUACUGGUUUAGAAUAUGCUUAUACUAAAGCUCCAAUUUCAAUGAAAGCUUUUGUUACUUCAUUAUAUUUACUUACCACUGCUUUCGGUUCUGCUAUCGGUAUUGCUUUAGCUUCUGUUUCUGUUGAUCCAAAAUAUGUUUGGUUAUAUACUGGUUUAGCUGUUGCUACUUUCAUUUCUGGUUGUAUUUUCUGGAUCUUAUUCCACCAUUAUAAUGACCAUGAAGAAGAAUUAAAUCAAUUAGAAUAUGACCAAACCGACAACGUCGCCAAAGAUGUUUUCCCAGGUGAAGGGUUAGCACCAAUUGCUUCAGUUUCAAAAUCUAUUAGAUCUGUUGUAUAA